AUGAGUAUUGGACCAAAUAUGAAUAUGAAUGUGAAUAACAGAGCACCGUUCCAGCCGACCAUGGAGCAGAAACAGUUACUGCUUCUUCACGAGUACAAAUUGUGCAAAUUUCAGCAAGAAGAUAGCAUAGUAUCUGCCAACAUCAACCAGGCUUGGGGUCAAGGAACCGUCCGUGACCAAUCAGAGUUGCUGAGCAAUGAUGAUGUUCGUUUGUUGAUAAUUCAUGAGUAUCUACGGAACGUGUCAGCCGCUGCAGCAACCAGAAGGAUCAAGCAAGCAUGGGGUCCAGGAACAGUCUCCGAAUCCACUGUUGCUCAGCGCUUCCGUCGGUUUAGGGAGGGGAACUAUUAUUGGGACGCGCCAGAUCAGUAUGUAAAUAUUCGUGACUCCAUCUAUCUGAUGGCAUGUCAGCGAUUUCCCUAA